AUGCCCGAGCAGGACUGCUGCUGUGAGGAGGCGUCAGUCAAGGAAGAAGAGGGCUGCCUGCCGACGGGCAUCACGGGCUUGUCAGCAGAGCCUGUUGUGCUGAGAGGCAACUAUAGCUACACAGUUCAAACAGAAAGAGGAAGGGAGUAUCGCAGAGGGGUAAUCACUUUUUCUUCCCUCAGUCCUGAAACAAAAGAGGAUGUACUGCCGAGCACACUGUCGUCUCAAGGGUUCACUUGGAACAAAGGGACUCAAUGGCAGCGGGCCUGUGACGAGGAGAUGAAAGUACCGAAAGUUGUUUAUCAUCCCACGUACAAGAACGGCUGGGAGACUGAUGACCGUGUUCCCGAACAGGAACACGAUACAAAGUGCCUCGUGUUCAGUUUCAUUCGGCACUGCCCAGCGGGUGAGGGUUUGUAUGUCAAGCAGCCAAAUGAGGGAGAGUGCUUCCAGGAACCAGGGUUGGCUGGCGAAAAGAGUAGAGAAUUGACCCGCUCUGCCGGCUUGUCCUUCAAGUGCCCGGAAGGCUAUCACAGCGGCACGGAACUCGCCACAGACUACUCCCCUAGGUGCAAGUGCCGCACGAAGUGCGCCUAG